UGGGGUCACCUUAUUGUUCGGUUGAAGUGAACCAAAUCUGGAGGACGGCGACCACCGCGUCUCUCUCUCUCUCUCCCUCCCCGCCGCCGCCGCCGCCGCCGCCCAUGCUCCGCCUCCGGAGCCGCAUCCUCGCCCACCUCCUCUCUUCUCCCGCCACCUCUCUCCACCACCUCCCCCACCCACCCGCCUCCCACUACACACUCCCCCGCCUCCUCUCCGCGGCCGCUUCCCCGCACACCGGAUUCGCCGUCGAGGAGUACCUUGUCGAGGCCUGCGGCCUCACCCGAGCCCAGGCACUCAAGGCCUCGGCGAAGCUCUCCCACCUCAAGUCCCACUCCAAGCCCGACGCCGUCCUCGCCUUCCUCGCGGGCCUCGGCCUCUCCGCCGCCGACAUCGCCGCCGCCGUCGCCAGGGACCCCCACUUGCUCUGCGCCGGCGUGGAAACAACCCUGGCCCCGAACGUCGUCGGGCUCACCGACCUCGGCCUGUCACGCCCUCAGGUCGCGCGCCUCGCCGCACUCGCCGGAAAGUCCUUCCGCAUCAGAUCCAUCGUCUCCAAUCUGCCGUACUGCCGGUCUCUCCUCGGCGGCUCCUACGAGAACCUCCUCCGGGCGCUCAAGCACGACCCCUAUCUCCUCAGACGCAGCCUCGACAAGGUGAUUAAGCCCAAUGCCGCCCUCCUGCGGGAGUGCGGGCUAGAUAAUCGCGGUAUCACCAAGCUGUGCCCCGGUACUAUGUUAUGAGAUUUCUUAAGGAAAAUGGAUUGCUAGACCGUGAACGGGACUACUGGACAAUUGUCAAGAUUAGCGAGAAUCUUUUCCUGGAGAAAUACAUAUGCCCCCACAAGGAAGCUGCUCCGCGCCUUGCUGAAGACUAUGCUGACGCUUGCAAAGGGCAAGUGCCCACUAGAUUCAGAUUUGCAUGAACCAAGAGCGGGCUAUGAGAAUUGGUAACUGCUUGUUGCGCAACAAAGUCUACACUCUAUGCAGUAAGCUGGUAAUUUUUGUCUCACUGUUCUUUGCCUAACUGGAUGUCUGUUGUCUCAGUUGACUUCUGAACCCCAACCAGUUGAUGUCUUAUUUGGUAGAGAAGAAAGCAUCACAUGCAAUCUCUGAAAAUGAUAAGCAUGGAAUAUAUUUGUGUUUCCGACUUAUGUUUAAGAUCAUUGAAAUUGGAUGUGGGGAUGUAUCAAAUUUCUGUUGAAACCAGACCCAAAGAACCAGAAAGCAAAAGAACUACCCUACAUUGGUUUUCAUUAACAAUAUUAGCAUGAUCUGCUUUUAUGCAGAAUUUUAUCAGCAUGUUCCAUUUUCAUUUCAUCGUCUUUUAUUGUUUCAUCAUAUGUAAGUUAGUAGUGAAAUUGCAGUUCAAAUUUAGACUCUGUAGAAAAUAUAUUUCUGUUGGCUGUAUGUUUAACUUUUUGCUUUUCCCCCCUGUACCCUUCAAAGAUCAAUUAUCUUUGUUCCUAAAACUAUACUUGAACUUAUCUGAGAAACUUUUAAUUGUGAAAAGCUGACCUAUCUGAGACUAAAGCAUGACCAACAAAUGAAUUAAUCUUAUCAUUUCCAUAUGUCCUAAUAGUUAGAACUAAACCAACAGAGAUGGCAUUAAACUGUAUCCAUUCACAAAAAUUACAUGUAUAUUUUGGCAGCAAACUUGUCGAUUCGAAAAUCAACCUCGUAAAUCUACAAAGUUCUGCCCAUUUUGUUGCUUAGAGCUGAGCUAUAAGUCUUUCGCAAGCACGCACCUUAGGCCUGUUGUCCACCCCAUAAGAAGCAAAUUGUUCUUUUUGGAAUAUUUUUGUUUGAAGAAAGUACUUUUGUUAAACCAAUUCAUGGUUACUAGUUUGUAUCAGUUCUUUCCCUUUGUUCUUCUCUUGUAUUUGUAAACUGGCUCUAGUUCUAGGGACAACUGAUCUCAAAACUGAAUAAUGCACUAGUAGCAUUUCUGUAGAUUGCGUACCUCUCCAGAUUGGCAAAUUCUCUGUCUGGUAAAAAAAAUGAGCCUCCUUUGGUUGCAUCAAUCAAGUGCUUACACGUGUGUUAUUUUACUUUACUCUCCUCGUUCCUCCUCUCUACAGCUCUACCCUGUGAAGCCAGGACAGUCUCACUAUGGGGGUACAGUUACUUGGUUGGUUUCCUCGGAAUCCUUGGUCUCUUUGUUGCCUCUGGAUGUGGCAGGGGAUAAGGCGCUUUGGGCUUCCAUUGGACGAGUGACCCUUCAGCUAUGUGCAUGGGGUUAUCCCUUGGGGAUUUGUAGCAAGGGAAGCAUCAGCUGACUCCCAUCUUUUAAGAAAACAUUUAGUGGGAUCAACAAUAUAUCACUGGAGAUGCGCCUUCAGUUUUCUACCAUGCAUAUCGAGGCAAAUACAGUGAAAAUUUGGAGGUCUGUUUAAAAAAGGUUAAAUGGUGUUAGUUUCUGCCUUUCUGCUAUAAGUAUUAUCACUGAACCUGAUACUUGCAUGAUAAUUUACUUUCACACUAGAACAAUUUUUUACCUACCUCUAUGAGCACUGUUAUGGAAUGGGUUAUUGAAAUCUUUGUGCUACUAAGCUGCUGUCAGUUGAAUUUAGCAGCAGCUAAUGCAUGCAGUUUCUUAUUCUUUUGUUAGAAAAUCCCUCAAAUGCUCGGGGAGCUAUGUUACCUGUCAAUUAUGUGUACAAUUUCAUUGAGUCAACAGUGCAUGCCAUCAAUUCUUUUCUGGAGUUCAUAACCAAUUUGAAACAUAUUUCUCUGUUUUUGGUUCAUAUUUAUUGUUGUAAUGAGCAAUUAGACAUGCAACUUAAAGCCACUAGCUAAUUGAUGGUAAUUUACUCAGACUAAUACUUAGUUUUUCUUUUGUGUUCCGGUAGUUGAGAUGCUAAAUGGGCUCUUCCAUUUUGUACGCUGCAUUCCACCCGGGAAUUGGCCCUCUGUAGUGGUCAAUUGUGAAGUCUGACUCGUAAGGCUUCAUCGCUUAAUUCGAUAACUUGCUGUCUGUUAUCAAAUUUUCCUUGGAGCUUAGUCUGCUGGCAUGAAGGCACAUUUACUUGCUUGGAUUAGUGAUUAGUGUCGACCAUGUCAAGUUAAUCUUAGAUUCAUUUGCUCAUUCCAGGCAAGCACGUUGAGGCAGUUCACAUUCACCUGUCAGUUGUGUAAUUGUGUGUGCGCCUCAUCGCAGUAUUGUUUGCUUAUGUCCCAUGUGUCGGCUCGGGAUCUCGGCUCUAAAAUUCUGCUUAUUUUUUUUUGUCCCAUGAUGUUCCCUUUUCUACUUAAGACGCUCGUUGGUCGUCGUUGGCUUACCCCCUUGUCACAUGGGUCAGUUGGGACCAAAUGUUUUGCACAGGUGAAGCGGCGCUCUACACGCUGCUGAUAGCAGUUGCCAAGGGAGGAGAGGUUGCGGAGAAGGCGACGCAAAAGAUUGACGGAUGGUUCGCCUUCAUCUCCAAUUUCAUGGAGGUUGUGCUCAAGAUAGCCUUCUCGAAGCCUGCUGCUUUAUCAGUUAAUGAAUAGAGCUGGGUUAUCCGGUUAUGCCAAGUUCCUGCCUUCUUCUGUACUCUGAAACUUGCUACAACAUUGAACAGUCCAAUGGUCUUGCUAGCGCUAGUCUCGGAUACUCCAAUGACUGCCGGGUUGUGCGGUUUUAUCAUUAACAAGACCCUACAUCUUGUAGGCAGGUCUUGCAGAAUAAUUUCCUCUCUAUUUUUUUCUUCUGAAAAGAGAUCUGACUCAGAUUCGUUUCUCGAAUAAGGAUGCCUGGGCAGUAGUUUUAGCCAUUUUUCUUAAAAAUAUUGAAGGCAUGGUCGUGAAAAACUGAAAAACCUGGAGGUGCUCUUGAACGAGCAUUGGACCGGGAUCUAUUACUGGUUAGCUAUGUGGGCUGCAUCAUAUUGCAGAAGGAAACCUGAAGGUAACAAUUUCAAGUGCUCAUUGGGCAAUAGACGAGCCUGCAUAGUCACUUGUUUUCCUUUGGACUCAUACUCUUUUG